AUUAAUUAAUUGGCCCCUCAAUGUCUCAUUGGGACUGAUAAGUACACCUAAUCCCGGUGAAGAUUCUUUUGACCUUCUGCAAUACCCCAAAGGAGCAACAUGGUGAACUGGGGAAUCAUAUCAACUGGCGAUAACGCUACAAAAUUUGCCAAAGACCUCCUCAUCGAUCCAUCAACAAGGGGCGUCCACAAUGUCACCCACAACCUCACCGCCGUCGCAUCCUCAGCCUCAUUGCAAAAAGCCCAUGACUUCCUGUCUUCCGUAAAUGCUCCACCAGACACAACCGCUUACGGAUCCUACGAGUCCCUCCUCGCAGACCCCAAUGUUCAAAUUGUUUAUAUCUCCACGCCACACUCGCACCAUUUCCAGAAUGCCCGUGCCGCUUUACUCGCGGGAAAGCACGUCUUACUUGAGAAGGCCUUCACAGUUAAUGCAGCUCAGGCGCGUAGUCUCAUACAGCUUGCUCGUAAGAAGAACCUGUUUCUGAUGGAGGCAAUGUGGACGCGUUUCUUCCCACUCAUGCGGUAUGUCAGACAGCUUAUCAAAGAUGGGGCUAUUGGAGCUGUGCAGCGAGUAGUUGCGGAUCGAAAUUUAGGGAGAGAUGUCGAGAAGCUCUACGGAACGGAGCAUCGAUUAGUGAAUCCUGCACUGGCGGGUGGGGCUUUGCUUGAUUUGGCUAUAUAUCCCCUAACGUGGAUCUUUCAAAUCCUCUAUCAUGAUGAUCCACUAGCCUCUGGUACUGUCAGGUCACCACCACAUAUUUCUAGCUCGGUGGUCAAAUACACCCCAACUGGGGUAGACGAAACCACUACUGUUGUUGUCACCUUUCCUGAAAGCCAAACGCAGGGUGUCGCGACUGCGAGUCUUCGGCUCACUUCGGACCCAACCGACCCAGGGGUGCGCAUCUUAGGAGAUAGAGGCCAGAUACAGGUUUUUGGACCUGCUGCGCGGCCGUUGAGCAUUGUGCGCAUUGCAUAUGGGGAAGAAGGUCCGGAGAUAGUGGAGAGGAAGGAUUUUGAAAUUCCAGUUGGACAUGGAUUGUUCUGGGAGGCAGAUGCCUGUGCUCGAUACUUGGUUGAAGGGAAGAUCGAGUCAGACCUGAUGCCACUGGAAGAGACGCUGCUGAUUAUGGAAGUUAUGGAUAGGGUACGGGAGCAGAACGGGAUUAAAUAUCCGGCCGAAGUCGAGGCACAUUAA